UGCUUAUUUGACUGGAGAGACUUCAGUACUCAACACACACACUGUCCUGCCUUUCUCCAGGAAACCGAUUCAUCUUAUGGGACUUGAGUGCUGAUGUGAAAUAGACUAGACUUAAAGCCUGCAAGUGGAAUAUGUCUGGGUAUUAGUGUAGAGUUUGUUUGUUUAUUUUGUUGUUGUUUUUUUUCUGGAAAUUUAAGUGGAGACGCGCAUAAAGUGGAAAUGGGAGGAAACUCCAGAGCUCGAAUAGCCGGUGCACUUGAAGACGAAGACGUGAUUUGGAUUUGAAUAGAAACUUUUCUUUUAAGGGACCAUUUCAAGGUUCUUCUGUUCUCAGCCAUGGCCCAUUACUGGAUAUCGAGCAUGGCACAUUUCUAUCUUGCUGGUCAGCUCUUCUUACUUCUCCUAUCCAAAUCUUCUCUGUCAGUGAGAGCAGCCACCCACCUGUCGCAGAAUCCACACAUCCCCUCUCUGGUGCCACACACCCCUCUGGCCCUCUCUCGUUCCCAUUUCAGUGCAAAGGCCCAGCUGGACUUUACCACCCACUGCAAUGAGAGCUGCUACCACAAGAUAGAAGACAUUGACAAAGAACAUCUAACUGAGCAGCUGGCCUUUGAAACACUGUAUUCGGAUGGCUCACGUACACUAACCAAUGUCAAUCUGGAAGAUGAUGAUGCUGACAGCAACAUCUCUCCUGCAGUGUCCAUCAAGAGAAAGCCUAAACUCCUAUUUUCCCCUCACAAACGAACAAGAAGGCAAAUCUAUGGCGCAGAUGGACGUUUCAACAUUCGUGGUGACCACUUCCUGUUGGAUUACCCUUUCUCCACAGCCGUACGUAUCUCGACAGGCUGCACUGGUGUUCUGGUAUCACAACAGCAUGUGCUGACCGCUGCCCACUGCGUACAUGAUGGAAAAGAUUAUGUCAAAGGUGCACGUAAGCUCAGAGUUGGCUUCCUCAUCCCACCCUCAGUUAAUAAUACUAAAGAAGACUUGAAAAAGCCCUUGGUGCGCUGGGUGAGGGUUCGGCGGACACGUGUGCCUAAAGGAUGGAUACAGGGACCCCAGGAUGUCAGCAUGGAUUAUGACUAUGCCCUUCUGGAGCUGCGUUGGCCACAUCGCCGUCCAUUUAUGCGCCUUGCUGUAGCUCCCUCUUCUAAUGAUUUGGCUGGGAAACGCAUCCAUUUCUCUGGGUUUGACAGUGAUAGGCCAGGAGAGCUUGUGUAUCGUUUCUGCCCUGUAGAAGAUGAGAGUAAUGAUCUAAUUUACCAGCAUUGUGAUGCAAGACCUGGGGCUAGUGGCUCUGGGGUGUAUGGCCGUGUAUGGGACAAUGUUCUAGAGCGUUGGGAGCGCAAGGUGAUUGGCAUCUUUUCGGGCCACCAAUGGUUGGAGAUCAACGGCGAAAGCCGUGACUACAACGUAGCUGUCCGUUUCACUCCGCUGAAAUUUGCUCAGAUUUGUUACUGGGUGCAUGGAAACAAAGCAGACUGCAAUCAGUACUGAUUUACAUAAGCAUGAGAAGACAAAAGAAGAGGAACCAAAAACAGACCCCAUGAACAUGCCCUUUUAAAGGCAGCCCUUGUAUAGACAAAGCAGUUAUAGGCAAGUCAAGAUAGGAUCCUUGGAAAGAGUUUAUCAAAUGAUUCUAGAUUUGAUCAUCAAAGUUCAAGUUAAUCCAAAUUGGAUCAGAUAUCAGGUUUGCGUAUAAUUGGACAUUUAUUUAAACAAGUAAAACACUGUUGCCUUUCCAUUUUAUUAUAUUCAGCUUGGAUUAUUUGGUUAGGAAUUCUGUGGAAGUGUACACUUCUCAUGCAGUACAGAUAUAAAAUAGAUAUUACACUUACGCUGUUAUGACUUUCUUAGAUAUCCAUAACAUUCAGUAUACCUCGCAUGUAGAUUUCACAUCGGACUCGGUGUACAAACCAAUGGCGAGGCUUCUAGCAUGCUCCCAUGUUAAUCGAUAGUUACAUGUACAUGCAGCCUCAUAUUCUGUUAAUAAUCUGCUGGAUUGCUUAAUCAUAUAAAACGUAUAAAAAAUACGUUCAUGUAUGCACAGUCGGAUUAUUCCUCAGUAAGAAUAGAGUAAAUCUACCGAGGCCAGUCUGAAUGAGCAAACUAGGUCAUUAAUCCUCUUAAUAAUCUGAUAAUUGAAGAAUAAUAGUAAAUCUUUGUGUCUGAUUUCAUUCUCCUUUAAAAUGUGUUUGGUUCAGGGUGCAAAUAACUGUAAAGGGUUAGGGAAUGGCCUCAAACCUAUAUUUUGAGGCGGAUACUGGACCAAGGAAAGUUGGAGGCUCAGCAAUAUUCCCAGCCAAGACAUUGGCUAUUAAUAAUGGUUAGAUAAGAAGAUGGGUACACUAUAUCGCCAAAAGUUUGGGGACACCUAGCCAGCACACCCAUGUAUGAUUUUUUUAACAUCCCAUGCCAGAUUUAGCCCUGCAAUCUUCUGGAACGGCUUUCCACUAGAUAGAUAUUGGUUCAUGGCUGUGGAGAACUCUGCUCAUGCAGCCUUAGUGCAGUCAGGCCCUGACAUAGUGUGAGAAGUCCUGGGAAAUCCUUUCAGCAUUUCAGUUCAUCCCAAAGGUGUUCAGUGGGUCAUUUGUGUUCUUCCAUUACAAACUUGGCAAACCAUAUAUUUAUAGACCUAGCUUUGUGCACAGGAGCAUUGUUACAGCAUACAAGGCAUUCUAUACAACUGAGUGCCAUCAACAGUUUGGGGAAGACCUACAAAUGAGUGUGAUGGUCAGGCAUCCAUAAACUUAGUCCAUGUAGUGUACCUGCUUAUAACCAAUGUUAAAUGUAUGCUUGAAAAGCAUUAAGAAACCAUCCUUGCCCAUGAAUGCGAGGUGAAUACCACAUUUAUUGAGGCCACAAACUCUUCUUGUCUGUUCAGUAAUGACAUUUAGAUGACGUUGUGCUAAAACGGAAAUCAUUUAAAACUCGUUAAAAUAUGAAUCUAUUUGCAUGUAAGCAUUCCAGACUGAAAAAUACUACAACAAAAUACCUUUUUAUGGGAUAAUGUGCAUUCUGGGCCCAUAAUAUUAUUUUAAUAUGCGUUAUUUUAAUAUGAAGUAUUGCAGCGAACUAUCAAUAUAGAGCUGAUGGUUCUCCGGAAUGAAAAAGAGAUAACUAGAUUUUUUUAAAUCUGUUGAUCACAAAUCGAGCUGCUGGAAUUAUUCAGCUACUAGACGUAUUGUGUCAACAUGGCGUCUACGCUUCACCUGAGUUUAUGAUAAUUAUGAGUCAGAUACGCCAGCACACAGAACCCCUGGAGGUAAAAACAGUCAAGGUCUGAAGUUUGAUCUAAAAUGGUGUACUUAAGCAUGCAGCACGUGCCUUAAGACCACAACUGACACUGUGUACAGACAUUUAAAAAAUUAAAAAAGGUAAAAAAUCUUAUCGGAUUAUCAUAGUUUGAGAGUAUAGCUAUAAUGCUGAUGCAUGUUCACAAUAAUAUGAAGGUCAGUACAUGUUGCACUUAACCCAGUGCAAGUCUGAGGGGAAAAGGCCACACGUGAGUGAGGUUGAGUGGGCCCACGUGACUUCUGGUGUAUAACUGAGUUUAGAUCAUGAUACCUUACAGUUAUAACAUUGUGUAUAACAUUCUUUGUCCCAUAUAUUAACCUGUUUCUAAUGUUGAGGUAACUGGGGCACUUUAAAUACUGCUUUUCGUGAUCAUGAUAGAGUGUUGUGUGUGAGAUAAAUUUGUGUUUUAUAGGCUAAUAUGAAUUCUGGGUGUAGAAACAGCUGAUGAAUGUUAUUAUAGAAUAUAUAAACAUAACCUCCUCUGUGUUUUUUUUUUUCUUCCCUGAAUUAAAUAUUCAGCCUUCAACAGACUUUAGCAAGAAAAUAUAUGCAACACAAACAUGACUUGCUAGAUUGGGUAGCAGGUACAAUACAUGUGGAUCCAUUGGUGAAUAUAUUUUUUCUAUUUUUUAUUUCUAUCAAAAUGCUUCUAUUUUAAUAAACAAAAAGAUGUCUACCAUAAUUGU